AUGCCAAAUAUACUAUUUCUAUCAUGCCUGAUGACUCUUGGAACUUGGGGACCAAUAGCUAUCUGCACCCCAACAAAUGAUCUUCAGCACUAUAAUCAGACGCAGAAAGAUGUGGAUAUUGGUUCACUCCGCCGCCGACUCUCCUCUGGUACUCGCCCUUACAGCCUAUCCUUGUCACCUAAUGACUACCACUAUUCGCCCAAACCCAAGCACCUACGCGUUUCCAGACUACUUCGGCUCCUCGGAUCUUCUUUUGACCCUUUCUGGAUGUCUGUGGAGCAGCCUGCUGAUAAUGACACAAGUCUACUUUCUACACUCAGUCAAGACCUAUAUGAUGGCGCAAGUCGGUACCGCAAAAAGCUGGCUCAGGAGGCUCAGGCUUUGGAUUUUGGUUCAUUACAGCUGCCAAGAGAGCUAUCUGCCAACUCUAGCCUGCAUGUCCAGAAUGAAAUUCGUCAGUGGUUGGUGCAGAGGGCCAGCUGCCAACUCACAUCAACAUGGGUGGACCUGGGAACUGUUUUCUGGCCAAGAUGGGUACGACACACAGAUUGUGAUGGGGCUAACACUGCCUGCUCCUGGCCACCAGGCAUGGCAUGCAGACAAGCACAGCUUACACAGAUUAAGCUGCUGGCCUGGCACUGCUGGAUGAAGGACACUGGUUUGGGCUGGGCCACUCAGCAAUGCACCUGGAGGCAGGUACCCUACCCAGUAGUGGCCGCAUGCAAAUGUACCUGCAGAUGA